AUGAAGCAGAGGUCUCUGCUCAUGAAGAAAGUACUUGUCAGGGAGCCAGGAGCACUGGCCACCAACCUGCCUCUCUCCUCCCAGGAAAGCCUCGGCUCUCUCAGCUACUCCAACUCCAUCAGAGGCCAGACACAGGGUCACCCUGGCCAAGUCACUGUACGGCACAAGGUGCCUCAGUUCAAGUUCACCUGCAAGGUGGAUGGCCCGUUAGCAGUUGAAAUUGUCCCUGGGGCUGACGUCCCAAGGGAGAAUGCCAGCUACGAUGUGUCCAUAUCAUUUCUCGAGUUGCCCACGUCCCAGCAUGUGGGGAGCAUGGGGCCGCACUACGCCAGCCAGAGGAAAGAGGUCUUCCUCCAGGUCACACUCCAUAGCCCCAAUCCCUGCCUGCGGCUCUUUGUGGAUACCUGUGUGGCUUCUCCAGAUCCUGGUGAUUUUACAACUCUCAAGUAUGAUUUGAUCCGACAAGGGUGCAUCAAAGACAAUACUUAUGCCAACCUCCACUCCCGACAGAAGAACAUAGCCCAGUUCAAGUUCAACGUCUUCAGCUUUCUCACCAGCUAUGAUGUGAUCUAUCUGCAGUGUAAAGUUGCCAUGUGCAAAGUGGGGGAUCACGCCUCCCGCUGCUCCCAGGGCUGUGCAGGGCAGAGUAAGAGGGGCACAGGCCCCACGGAGGCCACAGUAGAGCACACUGAGUAUUUCCAAAUGGUGGGGCCACUGGAGAUCCACAAAGGAACUGAUCGAAGAAAGACCCUUGUGUGA